AUGGCUUCUCAAGAACAAGAAACACAAUCACAAGGAUCAUCAUCAACAAUAGACCAACCUCCACUGUGGGACUAUGUGACAAAGUUGGAAAAACUUGUUGGAGCAGAAGGAUGUUGGAAAUUCAAGUGUAACCUUUGCAGUGAAACCCGACAAGGAUCAUAUUCUAGAGUUAGAACACGUUUGUUUGGUAUAAAAGGUACUGGGAUUUCUAUUUGCAAGAAAGCAACAACGACUGACAAAGUUAACAUGAAACGGUUAGAAGAUGCAUAUAAACAGAAGAAAGUCGAGUCACAAGAGAAAGAAGUCGAGUUGCCAUGUGAAGCCGAUAUUGGAUUUAAGAAAAGAAAAGGUAUUUCAACACCUAUUGAAAGAGCUUUUGGUGUUGAAAUUAGGGACCAACUGGAUCAAGAAAUAGCAAGAACGUUUUAUACCAGAGGUAAUGGUCCUUUGUUUCUAAAGGCAUUGAAUUGUUUUGAGGAAGUAAAAGAUAGAUUUUAUAUUGCUGAAUUGAUGAAAGAAUUCAUCAAUGAAAUUGGUCAUCAAAUUGUUGUGCAAAUCAUUACUGACAAUGCAGCGAAUUGUAAGGUGGCUGGAGAGAUUAUAGAGAUGGCUCGAUGGGCGAAGAAUAACACUCCCCUACAUUGUUUAGCUAACUCUUUACAUCCAAGAUAUUAUAGUGAUGCAUGGUUAUUGGAGGAUUCUACAAGAUGUGCUCCACAUAGGGAUGGAGAAAUUUCACAAGAAAGGAUGAAAUGUUUUCGAAGGUUGUUUCCUAAUGAUGAUGAGUAUAACAAAGUUCUUGAUGAGUAUGUAAUGUUGUCAAUUAAGAGUGGUCCUUUUGAAGAUUUAACAAGCAUUUCAAAGAUUCCUACUAUGGAACCCAAGAAUUGGUGGGUUAACUUUGGUGCUCAAACUCCUUUUCUCCAAACUUUGGCUUUUGGAUUACUUGGACAACCUAGUUCUUCUUCUUGUGCUGAGCGUAAUUGGAGUACUUAUGCAUUUAUUCACUCGCUUAAGAUGAACAAGUUGACUACAAGUCGUGCUUAA